AGUUGCGCUUUGGAUAGCGCUUUGUGCAGACGUGGAGUGUAAAAUUUCGCAUUAAAUACGAUAAAUAUUUACGUAGGUUUAGCAAAAAACACGUGAAAAUGUCGGUAAACGCGGCUCCAAGUAAAAAACAACCACCCAGACAGUUGAGGGAACGUAAACAAAAGAAACUUUAUUCGGAAGAUUGGGCCGUGGGCGAGGAAGACAUCGAAGGUCAUCGAACGUUUAAUCUACAGGAAAAAUUAGAAGAUCCAUCGUUCGCUUCUCAUAAUAUUGUUAAAGAAAUGCACGGUAGCGAAUUGAACGUCGCUUAUUUUCAAAGGCACGGUUUCAAUACCCCGUUAUUGUUUAAGGAAAAGACUGGAUUGGGACUAAGGGUACCAACUUCGAAUUUUACAAUAAACGACGUAAGAAUGUGCGUGGGUUCUCGACGCGUUUUAGACGUAAUGGACGUAAAUACGCAAAAAAAUAGUGAAAUGACAAUGAAAGAGUGGCAAAAAUAUUACGAGGAACCCGAAAAAGACAAAUUAUUAAAUGUGAUAUCUUUAGAAUUUUCUCAUACUAAAUUAGAAAAUUAUGUACAAAGUCCGACCGUAGUAAGACAAAUAGAUUGGGUGGAUUGCGUGUGGCCUAGACAUUUAAAAGAAAGUCAAGUAGAAGCGACUAACGUCCUCGAAGAAAUGAAAUAUCCCAAAGUUCAAAAAUAUUGCCUUAUGUCAGUAAAAGGGUGCUACACGGAUUUCCACGUAGAUUUCGGAGGAACGUCCGUUUGGUAUCACAUCCUCAAAGGGGGGAAAGUAUUUUGGUUGAUACCGCCGACGGAAAGUAAUUUGGAAUUGUACGAACGUUGGGUAUUAUCUGGUAAACAAUCUGAUAUUUUCUUCGGGGAUACGGUGGAAAAAUGCGCCAGGAUUGUUUUACAGGAAGGAAAUACGUUUUUCAUUCCCACCGGGUGGAUACACGCAGUCUACACACCCGUAGAUUCGUUGGUUUUCGGCGGGAAUUUUUUGCAUUCCUACGGUAUAGAUAAACAGCUCAAAAUAGCACAAGUCGAGGAUACGACGAAGGUUCCACAGAAGUUUCGGUAUCCUUUUUUCACAGAAAUGUUAUGGUACGUACUCGAGAGGUACGUACAUUGUUUAUUAGGAAAUUCUCAUUUAACAACAGGUCAGGACGCCCCCAUACCACCAGAUAGGAUGCAUAUACACCUCACGCAAGCCGAACUGCACGGCUUAAAAGAAAUCGUUUUGUACCUUCACAUGUUACCGCCGCACAAAAAAAACGUCCCCGAUUUACUCAAGGAUCCGAUUUCGUUAAUACAGGACGUCAGGACUCUGAUCGGUCUUCAUCGACAGGAUAGCAGAGAACUUGCUAUAACUGGUCGACCAAUUCUAACAGUUCCCGAUGAUUUCGAAAAUAAAUCGAAACUUUCGAUUCCCAGGGGUCCGUACAACAAAGGAAAUAAUUUAAAUAAAUUACCGAAACCUCCUGGGGUUUUUAAGGGACCUAGGAGCUCUGGAGAAAAAGGAGGACCAAGGAGAAGACGAACUAGAUGUAAAAAGUGCGAGGCUUGUCAACGGAGCGAUUGUGGGGAAUGCAGUUUUUGUUUGGAUAUGGUAAAAUUCGGGGGACCUGGACGUGCUAAACAGACUUGCAACAUGAGGCAAUGUUUGCAACCGAUGUUGCCGGUUACGGCGGCGUGUUCGCAUUGCGGCUUGGACGGAUGGAUGCAGACGCCGGUGACGCCCCUACAGAAAGGACCCCAAAGGUGCGAAAGCGCCAGCAACUUGAUGGAAUGUUCGGUAUGUUACGAGAUAGCCCAUCCCCAAUGCGUCCAACGUUUAUGCCCCGAAUUCACCGGCUACAUAAACGAAGACAUGCCAAAUUCAUGGGAAUGCCCGAUGUGUUGCAAAUUAGGCAAAAACACCGAUUACCGACCGAGACAUUUUCGCGCCCGACAAAAAUCCUCGGAUAUACGACGCAUGUCGAUAAGUUCGGACGCUUCGAGCGCCAUCGAUAACAAAAUCCAUCAAGAACACAUCUCGGAUUCAGGUAGCGACACCGAACACAAAGAUCCCUUACCGAUAAAAAAGAGAAGAUCCAGCGAAAAUACCGAAAUCGAAAUAAAAACCACUCCCCCGUUGGAUCCGCCGAGGAAAACGGCCUUCCGGAUGCAACUCGCCCAACAAAUAGUCAGCAAUUCGACUAAAGUAUUAAAAAAACCGAUGGUAGUUGUACGACCGGCUCCGAUACCAUCCGCACCGACGGCACCGAUGAACAACCUAGCCAUGGAUAAACGUUGCAUGUUGUUGAUAUUUCGUUAUUUAACGCCCGGCGAAUUAUUAACGGCGGCAACGGUGUGCAAAAGUUGGGCCACCUUCACCGUCGAUCCUUCGUUAUGGAAAAAAAUGUCUUUCAACCGGAAACAUAUAUCAUCGGAUAUAUUGAAAGGUAUAGUUAGAAGACAACCGGAAUGUUUGAGUUUGGAUUGGUGCCAUAUUAACAAAUUCCAAUUACCUUGGUUGAUACAACGUUUGGGGCAAUUGAAGGAAUUAUCUUUGGUAAGCGUCAACGUAAAAACGGCCAUAUCGUUGAAAUCGAAUCAUUCCGCCGUAUUGGUGGCUUUAGAUUUGAGUUUCAUAUCGGAUUUCAACGAUUCCGCUUUGAGGGAUAUAAUUGGUCCGAAUAGCGAUACCAGAACGGUUUUGGCAUCGGAAAAAAUCCGGUUUAGAAAUUUGAAAAAUUUAAAAUUGGCCGGUACCGAUAUAACCGAUAUAGCUUUAAGGUACGUAACUCAAUAUUUACCCAAAUUGCAGUAUCUCGGUUUGGGGAUGUGUCCGAGAAUAUCCGACGCCGGUAUAGCUCAAUUGACGACUAAACCAUCGAAUACCGUUACUAAUUUGAUCGGUUUGGAUUUGAGUCAUUCAAAAUUGGUUACGGAAAAUAGUUUGGAACAUUUAUCGAAAUGCGAAAAUUUGGUUAGGUUGGAUUGUAGGCACGCGUUGCAGAUAUCGACGCAAGCGCUUAUCAAAUUCGCCGCCAAAAGCGAUAAGAAUUUGCAGGUUAGGGAUAUCAAAUUGGUCGACGUUAGACAGAAGAAUUAAUCGAUAUAUUAAAUUGAUUAAUCGAUAUAUUAAAUGAAAAAAAAAGAUAGAGGAAUCGUUGUUACCGGAAAAUUCGUUACUGAUUAGAAAAAUUUUUUAUAAAAAAAAUUGUCGGUAAUAACGCGUUCCCCCUAGUGAUAUAAACGAUGUAGUGUUCCGCAAUAUAGUUUGAUAUGAGACGAAAGUUUUUCGGUACCCCCUGUAUAAUUAAUAACUUGUUUUCAUUUCUUUUUCUUAUAUAUAUAUAUAUAACAUUUAUUUAUUAAUAAACCCUACCUUGGACUUUAUUUUGUACAUUACCCUGUGUAUUUAACGAAUAAUUUUUUUUUUUUUGAAAAUAUUGUUACGAAAUUAACGAUUAAUGUCAAUUUAUUAAAAAAAUGUUCAACAUAACCUCAAAUAUUCCAU